GUUCUGUCUUUGUCUUGGCUGUGUGUCACUGAGUGCGUGUUUUCUUCUGACAGGAAACUCAGUUAAAACCCACGAGGUCGUCUUUUCUCUGAAUGUGUAUUCUUACUGCUGCUUCAUAAGCUUUGUGAUUUUCAUGUUCAUCUCCACGUGAAGUAUCAGCGCUGUUUGCACCUCCUCCUCCUGCUCCUCCUGCUCCUCCUGCUCCUCCUCCUCGUGCGAUCAGCCAAACUUGUGGGAUGUACUCUGGUAUUUCCGACAGCACCGAGGACUCCUUCACUCUGAAAGCUCCACAACAAUUGAAUAGAAGGAAGCGCUGCUCGCUGACUUUUUCCUCCCCACAAACACUCACUUCCCUUCAGCUCUUCUGUUCUGCUCAUCUGAGGCUGGAGGACGCACGAAAGGCAGCAGCACAGAAACAUGGACGCCCUGACUCUGCUUUUCUUUACUCUUGUGAGCUUCAGCUGUGUGUCCGGUUUCCUCAUCAUGUUGACCCCGAAGAGGUUGUGUCUGUUAACCAGGAAUCAACUCGUCAUCCUGGGUCCCUGUGAUGUCACCAACCCGGCCCAGCAGUGGGCGUGGCUGGGCGGAGCCAAGUUAAUCCACACCGAGACCUCCAGGUGUCUCUGGGCCGAUCCCAGCCCGUACAUGCCGGACCACACCCGCCUCGCCAAACUCAGAGCCUGCAGCGAGGCGCCGGCGUGGAGCUGCUACAACAGGAACGGAGCGUUGGGAUUGGCUGAGACGAACAUGUACCUGAAGAAACAGGGAACACGGGCGGCGGUUGGAGGAAACAUGCAGACCUCGGAGUGGAGGAAGUACGAUGUGGACUCAGGAGGGAAUUGGCUGCUGACGUCACUUUGUCCAGAAACAGACACGACUCGUGUCUCCGCCAUCUUUUAUUCAUCCACACAUAAACCUGUGGGACUCUUCGGCACCGUCUACACCCUCAGAGGUCCUGCCAUGACUGUCGCUAACCAACAGUUAUCCAACACAGUAAAAACCCAUCGAACCAGCAGGCGGGUCACCACCUCAGAGAUCCACAGCUCCAUCACUAACGGAGCCUCAGCAUACACGAGCGACGGCACCAAACCUCGAACCAGGAGGUCCGAAACUACAGACUUCAAUCCUGAUGUUUCAACUUCAGCCACAGAGAUGUCAGCUUUAGACGGAGGCCACAUUACCUCCUCGAGUCCGGCUGUGCUCAUGACUGACCAGCUCACAGGUGUUUCAGAGAGUUCAUCAGCUAGAAAUAUCCCUCAGCUCGGGACUGAUGCCAAGACAACAGCAGUACACCAAGAACUUUCCACUGCGUCAUUCUUCUCGACUGGCAAUGAGUCGACUGAAAGUGCAGCUGUGACUCUGGUUUCCUCUACAGUUUCCUCAGAGAAGAACAAGAGUGACACAUCUGACCCUCAGGCCACCUCUCAGGCCGCCUCUCAGGCCGCCUCUCAGGCCGCCUCUGAGGCCAUCUCUGAGGCCACCUCUCAGGCUGCCUCUCAGGCCGCCUCUGACGCCAUCUCUGAGGCCACCUCUCAGGCUGCCUCUCAGGCCGCCUCUGACGCCAUCUCUGAGGCCAUCUCUGAGGCCACCUCUCAGGCCGCCUCUCAGGCCAUCUCUGAGGCCGCCUCUGAGGCCACCUCUCAGGCUGCCUCUCAGGCCGCCUCUCAGGCCGCCUCUCAGGCCACCUCUGAGGUCACAGAGGUCACGCCUGAGGUCACCUCUCAGGUGACUGUUGGUUUUUCUGCUGUUUCUGACACCGAGUCAAACUAUCACACAACAUACAUGACACAUUCAGCCGAGCACCACAAUCAGACUGAGCUCACCAUAACUACACCUCCUUCUACGACUGCUCAUGUACCUUCGACAGCAGAUAUGACGUCUCCAUCGGUCAUGGAGGCAGACCCACCGUCAACCCCUCAGGUCCUGCCGACAUCUUCCCAGGCUUCACCCACAGACACCUCAACACCAACACCAACACCAGCAGUUCAUCCAAAAGUCUCAGCCAGCACCACGACUGAAGGUGCGACGUCUCAGACAGCAGGACUGAUGUCCACAGACGGGGUCACCAACUCAUCUCCAACAGUCGCACCUACACAGACACCUACAGCUACAACCAAACCCACUACCAAGCCUCCAACCUCGGCUACAUCCACCACAACCACAACUACAUCCACAGAAACUGCAACCAUGACCACCAAAGUCAUCCCAACCUCCACUACUCCAACCACACCCAUGACAACAACCAUCAAAACCGCUCCAACUAGUACAACAACGCCUGCAGCUACACCCACUGCCAGAACAACCACAGCUCCUCCCACAACUACAACUACGCUUCAAACCACAACUUCAGGACUGAUUACUACGACACCCGUGCAGUCCACUGAGGCUUCCCGCUGCUCUGCACACUUCACGGAAAUCAGCUCCAGCUCAGACUCUGCCGUAGUGAAGUUCACCACCGCCGGUCUGUCCUGCAACUUCAGCCUGUUGACUGAUGCGGAGUCCUGGUCUGGUUCUGCCUGUGCCCCCGAUGGAGAGUCUGGGAACACCUUCAUCUGUCACGCUGCGGCCCUGCAGCCCGGGACUUUGUACCGCUUGACGGUGGUUUCCAGGAAGGAUGGCGAGAAGAGCAACACAUCAGUACGCACAGACCCGGUGGGUCCGGCUGUUCUGGACGUCGAGCUGGACCAGGCUCAGGUCCAGUAUAAAAGCCAGUCUGUGUCUCACAGCGGCUCUUCAGGUCUGCGGGUGUCCUGGUCUCGCUCUGCUGGUCAUGUGGACUGGUACGAUGUGACUCUGGAGGACACCAGCUCCGGAUCCACCCGCAGUACCAGAAUCAUGGGCUCCGCAGCCCCCCGGUCCGGUUUCAGCUCCCUGGUCCCUGGCACGGCGUACGCCGUCAGUGUGGUGGCUACAGCCGGGAACAAGAGCGCUGCACCUGUCCACAAGUGGGCAGCGACAGCUCCUUCGUCUGUCCGUGGCCUCCAGGUGGCGCCCUCGUCCUCACGCAGCCUCGGCGUGUCCUGGCAGGUGGGUCCCGGCAGAGCUGAGCGAUUCAGGGUUCUGCUGACGGAUCAGGACGGGGUUCUGCUGAAGAACAUCACGCUGCCAAACAACGUGACCUCCACUCAGCUGGACGGCCUGCAGCCCGGGACCCUGUACACCGUCACCGUGGUAACGGAAGCUGUGGGGCUGCAGAGCUCCGCCUCCGAACAGGCUGUGACAGUCCCAGCAGCCGUCUCAGAUCUGACGCUGGACAACAACGGCAGCUCCGACAGCCUGCAGGCCUCCUGGGUGUCCCCUGGAGGGGGGGUGGACGCCUACUUGGUGACCCUGUCUGCUCUGGGGUCGACCCCCCAGGAGCGACACCUUCCUCCCAACAUCACCCGGGUGCUGUUUGAAGGUCUGAGCCCCGGUCUCAGCUACCAGCUGAGUGUCAGGACCACAGCUGGAGGACAGAGCUCAGAGAGCAGGACCAGUGGGAGGACAGUCCCUGAGCGGGUGUCCGCUCUCUCCAUGUUGCCUCUCAGUGACGGCAGGACGCUGAAGGUCAGCUGGUCGCCCCCCAGAGGCCAGUGGGAGAACUACAGUAUCCUGCUGAGGAACGACUCAGUGGUCCUGGUGAACCAGACCGUCAGCAAACUGAGCACACAGCAGACGUUCUCUGGCCUCAGCCUCAGUCUGGUGCCAGGACGACUUUACGAGGCCGAGGUCACGGUUCACAGUGGCAUUCUGGGUAACACGGCGCGCUGCUAUGGACGACUGGCCCCUCGUCCCGUGCAGCAGCUGGUCGUCCGUCACACAGAUGAAACCAGUCUGAGGGUCCAGUGGAAUCGACCAGUCGGUGAAUGGGAUGACUUCACUGUGGUCCUCAGGCAGGAGGACCCCGCCACCGUCGUGGCUCGGAAGAUCCUUACCUGGGACAUCAGAGAGUACACCUUUAACGCCCUCACACCUGGACGCCUGUACACCUGCACCGUGACAACCAACAGCGGCAACCUGAGCAGCUCCGCCUCCGUGAUCGCACGGACCACUCCGGCUCAGGUCACCAGGCUGCAGGUCUCUAAUGGCGGCACCACCGACAGCCUGCAGGCGCAGUGGGAACGGGCCCCCGGAGAGCUGGACUCUUACCGUGUCCUGCUGGUCCACGACAGCAGCGUCAUCAAGAACCAGAGCGUGGAGGCCGACACCACCAGCAUCAGCUUCCCCGCUCUGAGACCCGGAGCUCUCUACAAGGUGGUGUUGACCACUGUCAGAGCUGGACAGACCUCCAGACAGACUCUGGAAGAAGGACGCACCGUCCCGGCUGCGGUGGGGGAGGUAACGGUCAGUAACAACGGUCGGAUGGACUUCCUCAGCGUGUCAUGGCGUCCGGCUCCAGGUGACGUGGACAGCUACCUGGUGACUCUGAGCGACCGCGACAAGACGCUUCACACCGUCUCCGUUUCCAAAUCCAGUCCAGAGUGUGUCUUCAACUCUCUCGUGUCCGGACGUCUCUACAACAUCUCCAUCAGCUCCCGCAGCGGCAAACAUCAGAACCACACCUUCGUCCAGGAGAGGACACAGCCGUCCAAGGUGCAGAACCCGACAGCGAAUCACGCUGCUCGGGACGACUACCUGAAGGUGUACUGGCGUCACGCCGCCGGAGACUUUGACUUCUACCAGGUGUUCAUCAAGCACAACAACAUGUUCCUGCAGAACAAGACGGUUCUGAAGACGCAGAACGAGUGCGUGUUUACCAGCCUGGUGCCCGGCAGACUCUACACAGUGCUGGUCAGCACCUGGAGCGGGAAAUACGAAACCAGUGCCUCCACCCACGGCAGGACCUUCCCGGCGGCGGUCCGGUCCCUGGCCCUGGCUGGUCGGGGUACUGAGGACCUGCGGGUGACGUGGUCGGCCGCUCCCGGUGAUGUGGAUCACUAUGAGGUGCAGCUGCUCUUCAACGACAUGAAGGUGUUUCCUCCGAUCACGCUGGGCAGCGGCGUGGGGGAGUGCGUCCUGUCCUCGCUCACACCUGGACGGCUCUACAAGAUUCUGGUGUCCACCUUCAGCGGCCCCAACCAGAGGGCCCAGUUCAUCGAGGGCCGAACAGUUCCCAGUAAGGUGAAGAACAUCCACGUCACAAACAGCGGAGACAGCAGCAGCCUGAAGGUGAGCUGGACUCCCGGUCAGGGCGACGUGGACUCCUACUCGGUGUUUCUGUUCAGAGAGAGCCGACAGCUGGACGUCCGGCCCGUCCUCAAACACCACAACGAGGUGACGUUCGGCUCGCUGCAGCCCGGGCAGAUGUACAGCGUGACGGUUCAGUCCGUCAGCGGAGAGCUGCUCAACAACAACACGGCCAGCGGACGCACGGUGCCCUCAGCAGUGACGGGGCUCCAGGUGGAGGACCUACACUCCACCUGCAGCCUGCAGGUGAGCUGGCAGGAAGCUCUGGGCGUGUCAGACGGGUACGUCCUGCAGCUUCUGGACGACAGAGGUGGACUGGUGACGAACUCCUCUCAGCCCUCCGGACACACGAGGUGCAGAUUCGAUAGCCUCACCCCGGGUAAGAAGUACCGAGUCCUGGUCCAAACCACCAGCGGGGGGGUCCACAGCCUGGGCGUCAGUGCUGAGGCUCGGACACGUCCUGCAGCCGUCACUGAUCUGUCCAUUAAAGUCAACACCACCACCAGUCUGUCUUUCCACUGGUCUCCACCAGAGGGAGACUUUGAGCUUUAUGAGAUCUUCUUGUACAAAAGUGACAACUCGCUGCAGGAGAAACAACAAGGCCAGUCCAGCAGUCUGCAGUGCUCCUUCCAGGGUCUCAGGCCUGGAGCUCCAUACAGGAUGGUGGUGGUGACCCACAGUGGGCAGCAGAGCAACCAAUCGUCCAUCUGGGCCAGGACAGUCCCAGCAGCUGUGGUCUCUCUGAAGGCUCAUUCUGGAAACCAGUCUGACUCUCUACGGGUGAACUGGGAUCGGGGUGCAGGUGAUCUGAGCGGGUACCUGCUGACUCUCCACAACCCCAACGGCUCUCAGCAGGCCAAGACGCAGCUGGGUUCAGAGGUCACCGAGUUCGUCUUCUCAGACCUGGUGCCGGGUCGACUGUACCGAGCCGAGGUGCUGAGCCUGAGCGGAGAGCUGAGCAACAGAGCCAACACGCUGGGCCGGACCGCUCCCAGACCGGCGACCUCCUUCCUGUUUGGGGGAGUCACCAAUACCUCCGUGGAGAUCACCUGGAGCGGCCCCAUCAACUCCGACUACGAUGACUUCGACCUGCAGUGGACCCCUCGAGACCGCCUGUCCGUCAUCAACCCGUACCACAGCCGCACCUCCGGCAGCCGCAUCCUGAGAGGGCUGUUCCCAGGACGACUGUACACCUUCAGCCUGCGCACGGUCAGCGGGGCCACGGAGCCCGGGGCCACACCCACCUACAGCACAGCCAUUCACAACAGCAUUCGAACCAAGCCGGAGCGAGUCCACAGCCUCCACUGUCGUCCACAGAGCUCCACCUCCAUCUCCUGCUCCUGGGGGCCCCCGGAGGCCGACUAUGACUCCUACACCAUCGAAUGUCUCCACCAGGACUCCCGGGUCCUGGUCUAUUCCAGACGCACUGGCCGGGACUCCACGGCCUACCUCAUCACCCAGCUUGAGCCCCACAAACGCUACACCGUCUCCGUGAAGGUCAUCUCGGAUGGGACAACCAGCGACGAGGCUCAGGACAGCGUGGUCACCAUGAUCGACCGUCCUCCAGUCCCUCCUCUUAAUACCCGAGUUAGUGACAGGUCCGCCGUGGUCACCAAGUCCUCCGUGUCCUUCAAGUUUAACUGCAGCUGGUUCAGCGACGUCAACGGAGCCAUCAGGUUCUUCACUGUGGUGGUGACUGAGUCUGAAGGUGUCGAUGACGCGCAGCCAGAGCAGCGGGACCCUCUGCCCUCCUACCUGGACUAUAAAUCCAACAGCUCCGUUAAAUCCUACCAGACCAGUUACUUCCCCAGUCACUGUGCUGAGGGGCCCGACAGCAGCUCGCACAGCUUCGAGGUGAGUUUGGGGACUGGGAUGGCCUCACUGGGAGGUUCCUGCGAACACAGACACUUGGACCAGGAUCCAGAGACCGGCAGCAGAGACCUGAACCCAUUCUGUGACGGACCACUGAAGCCAAGUACUGCCUACAGGCUCAGCGUCCGAGCUUUCACCCAGCUGUUUGACGAAGAGAAGAACGACUUCAGUGUCAGCUCUCCUCUGUUCACUGACACUUACCUGUCGCUACCUGUGGUCACCGAGGCAGAGCCUCUGAGCGGUGUGAUCGAAGGCAUCAGCGCCGGCAUGUUCCUCAUCGUGGUCAUGGUGGGAGUCACAGCUCUGCUCAUCUGCAGACAAAAGGCUCGCAAAGUUGUCGAGGAGCGAGUGACAGUCAGGAUGAGUAUGAGGAGAGAGAGACCGACACUGGGAGCUCACCAGGGGGUCAGAGGGCACCGUCGCAUCUCAAGUCCCAUCAAGAUCCUGAACUUUGAGAGUCACUUCAACAAACUGCAGGCCGACUCCAACUACCUGCUGUCCGAGGAGUACGAGGACUUGAAGGACGUCGGCCGUAAUCAGCCUCUGGACUCGGCUCUGCUGCCAGAGAACCGCGGCAAGAACCGAUACAACAACAUCCUGCCAUACGACUCGACCAGGGUGAAGCUGUCCUACGUGGACGACGAUCCGUGCUCCGACUACAUCAACGCCAGCUACAUCCCUGGAAAUAAUUUCCGUCGGGAGUACAUCGCCACACAGGGUCCGCUGCCGGGGACCAAAGAUGACUUCUGGAAGAUGGUGUGGGAGCAGAACGUGCACAACAUCGUGAUGGUCACGCAGUGUGUGGAGAAAGGCAGGGUGAAGUGCGACCACUACUGGCCCUUUGAUCAGGAUCCUCUGUACUACGGAGACCUGAUCGUCCAGAUGUUGUCCGAGUCUGUUCUGCCUGAGUGGACCAUACGAGAGUUCAACAUCUGCAGCGAGGAGCAGUUGAGCUUCACUCGGCUGGUUCGUCAGUUUCACUACACAGUCUGGCCGGAUCACGGAGUCCCAGAGACCACCCAGUCCCUCAUCCAGUUCGUCCGGACCGUUCGGGACUACGUCAACAGAAGUCCUGGAUCUGGACCCGCCGUGGUCCACUGCAGUGCUGGUGUCGGUCGUACAGGGACCUUCAUCGUUCUGGAUCGAGUGCUGCAGCAGCUGGACACCAAGGACACGGUGGAUAUCUACGGCUCCGUCUUCGACCUGCGACUCCACCGAUCACACAUGGUGCAGACUGAGUGUCAGUAUGCGUACCUCCAUCAGUGUGUUCGUGAUGUUUUGAGAGCCAGGAAGCUUCGCAGCGAGCAGGAGAGCCUCCUCUGUCCCAUCUAUGAAAAUGUGAACUACACCUCCCAGAGAGAGACGCUGUGCACCAGACGUUAAAGAUUGUACAGACCACUGAGCACUACAGGGAAACACGGCAAUUCUAUUUUUCUACCAGUGUUUAUAGUUUAAACAUCAAAUAUUUACACACAAAGAAAACUUUGGGAUUAUUUAUGGAAUAUACAGGAUUAAUGUACAUAUACUUCACCAUAUAUGUGUCUUUGUACAUAUUUAAUAUUUCUUCUUAAAUUAUGUGUUGUAUUAGUAUGUAUGUCUGAGAGUAUUUGCACAUUACAGUGACACAGAAUGCUUCUCUGAACUGAUGAUGAUGAUGAUGAAGAAUUCCAGUUUUCUGUGCGUUCAGAGGAUGAUGACAAUGAGUCUGUGGUGAUUCAGAAUGAAUGGAUGGAUUACUGAAUAGGCCCCGAGGAGUCAGGGGCCCCGAGGAGCCAGAACAUCUUUAUGAAACCUUCUUUAGCAUUUAGAACCAGGAUAUAAACAGUUAACAAACUGUUUAUCAUGUUCAUAGUGUAGUGCGGAUCUGUAAGGACAGUUUAAAUGUUCCUAUGAAAACAGAUUCUGUAUUAUUACAGCUGUCAGUCAUUAUCUGUUUACACAGCAGCAAAUACAUUAAAGGGACAGUUCAACCCAAAAUCAAAGACUGCAUGUGUCUCCUCACACCUGCUGUGCUGUUUCUCCAUUGGGUUUGGGUUUGGGUUGGUGUGAGCUGCAGAGUUUUGGAGAUAUCAGAUGCAGAAAUGUCUGCCUCCUCUCAAACAUGAAGGACCCAGAAGACGCUUCACUUGUGGAUUAUCCUGAGUCAUGUGAUUUCUGGGAAAAAAAGCACUGUUGAGUUUUGGCGCUUUGAGCACCACAAGUGAAGUGUCAUCUCGUUCUGCCACAUUCAAGACAAGUAUUUUGAUUUUGGGGUGUACUAUCACUGUCACUAAGUAUCAGGCACUUACAUGUGCUUACAGCUUUAUUUUACUCCUUUCUAAAUUACUGUUUUUUCUCUAAUUAUAUGUGCUAAAUAGGGGAACUUAAAAGUGAAAUUUACUUUAUGAAACCCGAGAGACAAAAAAAAUCCUUUGCUUCCUGUUUUUGUCGUGAACGCAGACUCGCAAAACAAAGUGAUGAGAACAAAAAUUUGAUUUUGAAAAUCAAUGUGCAAAACGUUACUCUAUUGUAAAGACAAAUGUGAGUAAGAGCAGAGCAGGAUCUCUUCUCGGUCUGUCCACAGGGCCCUUCCCUCGUAAUCCAUCCAGCUCAUAAUGUUUUCACUGAGCACACUAAAGCCCCUGAAAACUUGAUCUGGACUAUAUUUCUGUAACAGGAAAUAAUCAGGACGCUUUACAAAAGCAAAAGUCCCAGCUGAAGUGUGGAGCGUGGAGUUUUAAAGUGAGCUUUUUUGAUCCUGUCUGUCUGACGGCACAGGGUGACACAGCCGUCCUCAGAGCUCCCAGAAAAACAGCUCAGACAAGAAAGUCUUGUAAUAAUUAAAAAUGUUCAUACAGAACUCCGCCACUCACAGUAACAGUAUGUUUUCAGGGUCUUUAACGUUCACCAAAGUGCAUUAAUGUUGUAGUAUUGUACAGCCAUGGCAGCAGCUCCUUGAAUCGGUGAAAGUUAAAUCUAUUUUUAUUAAUAAAUACAUGUAAUAUAUCAUUUUAAAAGCGCAUUAUGUUUUUUUUUCUUUUUUUACCUCAACAUUAACUGUGCUUUAUUGUGUAAGAACGUAGUGCACGUGACAGCAGUUAAUUAAACGUGUAGAAAUGUCUGAUUAUUCAUCCAUUAUCGAUGCUUACCUGCUCCAACAUGACCGUAAACGUGAAGGAAUGCUUCGUGACAAACAGAUUUAUGUCGCUGUGUAACGCUUUACUCUUUGGCUUCGUGUAAAUUAGACCGUGUUUGGGGCAUGUGAUGACGCAUAUUUGUGGGUGUUUGAAUUAAACAAGUAAUUAUGUAUUUUCA